GCAGCCGGCAGGGGCGGGGCGCGAGCACCCGAUCCGCCGCCCUGCCGCCGACUCGCUGCGGGGGUCGCCCCGGGCAUGGGGCAGCCGGCGGGGGCCGCGGGCGGGCGCUGCGCCCCGGGCGGGCGGCGGGCGGCCUGAGCGGCCGGGACGCAGGAUGCGCGCCGAGGGCGCGGCCCCCGGGCCGGGGGCGCCGCUGUGCGGGGCGCUGAGCUUGGUGUUGGGCGCGCUGCUGGGCAAAGUGAUAGAGGGCCGUGGUGUCACAGACAACAUGCAGAGAUUUUCCUCGCUGCCCCCUUACCUGCCCGUGAGCUACCACGUCCUCAGAGCAGAGACCUCCUUCUUCCUAAGGGAGUCCAACCAGGACGUGACGCGCAACUCCAGCCUGCAGACCAGAGUGGAGUCCUUCUUCACCUACAAAGCCAAGCGGCCUCCCAUAUUAAAUGCCAGCUAUGGGCCUUUUUCUGUGGAGAAGGUGGUGCCUCUGGACUUGAUGUUGACUUCCAACCUUUUAGGCCCAACCAAGAAGUUUUCUCUCAACUGGAAACUGAAGGCCUCCGUCCUGCGGGACGAGAUCUACCUGAGCCGGCCCAGGGUGCAGGUCCUGUUCCACGUCGUGGGCAGAGACUGGGACGAGCACAGCCCCGCCGAGAAGCUGCCCUGCCUGCGGGUCUUCGCUUUCCGGGAGACCCGCGAGGUGAGGGGCGGCUGCCGGCUGCAGGGGGACCUGGGGCUGUGCGUGGCCGAGCUGGAGCUGCUGGCUAGCUGGUUCAGCCCCCCCACGGUGGUGGCCGGGAGGAAGAAGUCGGGGGACCGGCAGGAGGGGAGCCCCGUGGAGCUCUACUACACCGUGCAGCCCGGGGACGGGCGAGGAGACUGUGCUGGUGGGGACAUGAGGAAGGGCAAUGCCAUCCGUCCAGGGAAGGACGGACUGGAGGAGACCACGUCCCACCUGCAGAGGAUUGGUGCCGUCAGCCUCUAUCGGGCCCAGGACAGUGCUCAGCUCAGCGAAUUGCGUUUGGAUGGCAACGUGGUCAUCUGGCUGCCUUCCAGGCCAGUCAAACAAGGAGACGUGGUCACUGCCUAUGUCACUGUCGCCAGCAAUUCCACUGUGGACCUCUUCAUCUUGAGGGCCAAGGUGAAGAAGGGCGUGAACAUCCUGGGCACUCAGACCAGCGAGCCUCGGCAGUGGGACGUCAAGCAGGAGAUGGGGGACGGCGGGAAGCACACCACCACCACGGUGGUGUGCCAGCGCCUGGGACCCAGCGCGCGCAACAGAAGCAGCAGUUUAUUCAACGAGGUUGUGCAGAUGAACUUUGAAAUAGCCAGCUUCAGCAGCCUCUCGGGGACCCAGCCCAUCACCUGGCAGGUUGAAUACCCACGGAAGGGAACCACAGACAUCGCCGUGUCUGAGAUCUUCAUCAGCCAGAAGGACCUGGUUGGCAUCGUUCCCUUAGCCAUGGACACUGAGCUUCUGAACACCGCCAUCCUCACGGGAAAGACAGUAGCCAUGCCCAUCAGGGUUGUCUCUGUGGAGGAGAACAGUGCCGUGACGGAUAUCUCGGAGUCGGUGGAAUGCAAGUCCACAGACGAAGACGUCAUCAAAGUGUCUGACCACUGUGACUACGUCUUCGUCAACGGCAAAGAGAUGAAGGGCAAGGUGGACGCGGUGGUGAACUUCACGUACCAGCACCUGAGUGCCCCCCUGCACGUCACGGUGUGGGUGCCCCGGCUGCCCCUGCAGAUCGAGGUUUCUGACACAGAGCUGAGCCAGAUCAGAGGCUGGAGGGUCCCCAUCGCGGCCAGCAAGAGGCCCACGCGAGACAGCGAGGAUGAAGAUGAGGAAGAGCGGCGGGGCCGGGGCUGCGCCCUCCAGUACCAGCAUGCCACCGUGCGUGUCCUCACCCAGUUUGUGUCCGAGGACGCCGGUCCGUGGGGCCAGCCGAGCCACCUGCUCAGUCCCGACUGGCAGGUGGACAUCACCCACCUGGUGGCAGACUUCAUGAAGCUGGAGGAGCCUCACGUGGCCACACUCCAGGACAGCAGGGUCCUGGUCGGGCGGGAGGUCGGGAUGACCACGAUCCAGGUGUUGUCCCCACUGUCGGACUCCAUCCUGGCAGAGAAGACCAUCACCGUCUUAGAUGACAAAGUCUCGGUGACAGACUUGGCCAUCCAGCUAGUGGCUGGGCUAUCUGUCACCCUCCACCCCAGCACGGAGAACAGCAAGGCCAUCACAGCUGUGGCCACAGCUGAGGAGCUGCUGCGGACCCCCAAGCAGGAAGCCGUGGUCAGCACUUGGCUCCAGUUCAGCGACGGCUCGGUGACGCCCCUGGACAUCUAUGACCCCAAGGACUUCACCCUGACUGCCACCUCCCUGGAUGAGGCCGUUGUGUCCAUUCCCCAGGCCCGCUCUCCCAGGUGGCCCAUUGUGGUUGCCGAAGGGGAAGGCCAGGGGCCGCUGGUCCGAGUGGACUUGACCAUUGCGGAAGCCUGCCAAAAAUCCAAACGCAAGAGCAUCCUGGCCGUGGGCAUCGGCAACGUCAGGGUCAAGUUUGGCCAGAACGACGCUGACUCCAGCCCUGGCAGGGACUACGAUGAGGGCGAGAUCAGGAACCAUGCCAGUGACCGGCGGCAGAAGGGCCAGGACGCGCACUUCCAUGGCAGCUCCCCCGUGGGGCGCGAGGAAGGUGCCCUCCGGAGAGGCAGCACCACGGCCAAGUCGCUGCUGGACAACAAGGUGGCGAAGGACAGCCGUCUGGACGGGGGCAGGCUGUCCGGAGAGGGGCAGCUGCAGAACAUCCCCAUCGACUUCACCAACUUCCCGGCCCCGGUGGACCUCCCCGAGGGGGGGGGCGGGCUGGGGGACGGUGACCUGGUGCAGACGCCGCGUGGCCUGAGCGACCUGGAGAUCGGCAUGUACGCCCUCCUGGGGGUGUUCUGCCUAGCCAUCCUGGUCUUCCUGAUCAACUGCGUCACCUUCGCCCUCAAGUACAGGCACAAGCAGCUGCCCCUGGAGGGCCAGGCCUCCGUGACCCACUCGCACGACUGGGUGUGGCUGGGCACCGAGGCGGAGCUCCUGGAGAACGUGGCCGAGGGCUCGGCCCCGCAGGACGAGCACACGACCGUCAUCGACCGCGGGCCAGGGGGCUGCGAGGAGAACAACCGGCUCCUCCUCAACGGCGGCUCCCAAAAGCACAUUCAGGGCCACCUCCAGAGGCCGGCCGACGCGAGGGGGAAGCAGGGUGGGGACCAGAAGCACGAGCCCCUGCACUCGCCCACCUCGAAAAGGAAGAAGGUGAAGUUCACCACCUUCACCACCAUCCCCCCGGACGACGGCUGCCCCACCGUGAACUCCAUCCUCGGCGGCCACGAGGAGGACAUCAAAUGCGGGUGCGAGGACGUGGACGUGGGCGCCCCCCAAGAACUCAGAAACUAUCUGGAGAAACUCAAGGGUAAAGUGUAGGCCCCUCUGGCCAAGGGGCCGGGUGCCCGGGCCCCUCCUUCAGUUCCCGAGUAGAUCUGGGCCCCAGGAAUUAGGGCAGCAGGAGUCAGCGGCUUGCGCAGGGAAGCGCUGGGGCCCCUUAUAGACCAGAUGGGAGUGUUGAAGCCUGGAAGGGACGUUUUUUGUAAUCAAAGGUUUUUUAGCAGUCGAGGAUGGCAGAUUUUUGAAAGUCAGCGGAACCAACUCUGGGAGGGGAGCUGACAGCGACAUUGAACUGCGAGAGGCCAAAUUAGGGACGUUAUUCUAUGAGUCAAACUAUAACACAGACACGCUACCAAAAAUUAUUUGUUAAAAAAUGCAAAAAGACAAAUAAAAAGAGACAGAAAUAAUCAUCUGUUUAUAUUUCUAAUAAAGGAGCAAAAUGUAAAACUAGGGCCUGCGAAAGACAUUUUCCAUUUUACUUCAAUAUUGCCCCGUCUAGGACAGCCUGUGACUGUCACCGUGGGGCUGGAGGACAUGUUUCCGGAUAUCAGUUGCCUCUUGGGACAGACCUGAGGAUUUUUAAACCUUUACUUGAUAAUCUUUUCUUCUCUUUGUCCACGUUUUUCUUCCCCCUCAUUUUUCUUUUUGUGUCCUAGACUUCCAUUUGAUUUACGUUUAAUGUUUACUUCUGAGGAUCGAAUGAUAUAUUUUCCUAAAUUAAACAUAAAUUAUACUCCUAUUCAUUAGACAAAUUCUUAGAAGCAAUGCCAAUGAAUCCAUUCUUUAAGUAGUAAGUUUGAUGCUUUUCUAUAUCCCUCCAGCCUUGUUGAUAGUUGCUGGUUUUUACGAUUAGAGAGAGCUCUGGGAGCCUUUGGCGGGUGGGGGCAGUGUCAUUGACCCACGACCGCACCCACCAUAGGGCCCAAGCCAGUGGGUGGGACACUGUCAGAGGGUCUUCGAUUGGGACGCAGCCAGCAUCACAGAAACCAGCCAGGGCCCCCUGUCCACUCAGUGACUCCAUCCCUGGUGUUGUGGGGACGCUCCUAUGUGGGGGAAAGUCGGGUCAAACCCACAAGAGAAAGACCACUCCCAAGAAAAACUAGUGUCAACCUCAUCUAUCAGGAGAUACUGGUAUUGAGAAACAAACAAAGAUAAAACCUGCUGGAGGGUUUUUCAGUUGUUUUUCUUACUUUAUUGGGUGGGGUGUACCAGCAUAAAAUGAAAAGAUAAAAAUCUAUGUUAGAUUGUCAAUGAACUGUGUUUUUUAACAGCCUAAUUGUGUAGCAGCACAUUGCGAAACGCAUUCAUCCAAAGUAAGCGUAUGCGGCAGGGAGGCCCACACCGCAGUGGAGUAAACUCCUUCGUGACUGCAGACUCCAGCCAGCGAGGGAGGAUGACACCCAGCGGCCGGCACAUGGUACCCUUGGCAGGGCGGCGCUGGCAGACCCGGGGGAUGCUUCUUGUUUUUAUUUUUUUAAUUACUAAAAUCAGUAGCUAAGAAAGGGUUCUUGAAGCCUCAUAGCCUCAGCUGGACCUUUUAAAAAGAUAUUUCUAGCACAUACUAUAGGCAGAAAGAAGGAGAUAUUUAUUUAUACCUGUGAAGUCAAUUGUCAUUAAAAUGCUAUCCAUGGCUUGACAAGUCGGUCUCCUGUGGGCUUUCUUAUCUCAUUUGACUCCUAUUUCCUCUCCCCACCGAAGGUACAACUUGUUGAAGAAAUAAACUGUCUGUUAGGCUAGAGGGAAAACAAUAUACUUGCCAAUCUUUUUUUUUUUUUUCCUCCUGGAUUCUUGACUGAUCCAGAGUAACUCCUAAUACAGAAACCCUUCAAUUGCUGUCCACCAUCAUCUACAUCAGUGGUUCUCAAACUUGCUCAGAAUCGCCAAAAGGGCUGAUAAAACCCAGAUUGCCGAGGUGUGGCCGAAAAAUGUGCAUUUCUGGCAGGGUCCAGGGCAUUGCUGAUGCUUCCGGUCUGAGGCCCACACCCUGUGAUCCACUGAUCGACAUCAGAGAAGAAGGACAGCUGUGACACUGAGUGGACGACCAUGUGGCUCCAUCCUCUGGGGAAAACAUCUCCUUGUAUUCUGGUUGUUUUUGUGAUUAUUGUUGUUUGAGGUUUCGGUGGGAUUGUUGUUGCUGUUGGUUAGUUGGCUAUAUAGAAUUUUUUGGUAGAAGACAAGGUGGUGGUAUUUUUUUAAUAACAGCUUUUUUGAGACAUAAUUCACAUGACAUAAAAUGGACCCAUUUAAAGUGUACAGUUCAAUGGUUUCUAGUAUAGUCACAGCAUUGUGCAUCCAUCACCACAUCAAUUUUAAAAAAUUUUCAUCUUCCCAAAAAGAAACUCCAAACUCGUUAGUCACUCCCCGUUUUCCCCCAAUUCCCAGCCCCAGGCAACCACCAAUCUACUCUCUGUCUGUGGAUUCGCCUAGAGGUGCUGAUAUCUCUUUCAUUAUGGGAGCCCCUCCUGAAAAUUCUCCACGUGGGAUUAUAAUCCCCACGACAUCAUCAAGUAACAAUUGUUGUUCUUGUAAGAAGCUGAUAGAAUUGAAAGAUGGUGACUGUUCUUAAUCCAGGCACCAGGAGACCUCUACCGCCCAACGCCAACAGCGUGGCUGGACGUGUGCAGUGAGAGAGGAUGGUCUUCAAGACAUUCUAUGUGGAAGCCAUGUCCGCUCCUAAAUCUGGCCACCUACCUAGCUAGCCCAUAUAUUUCUUUAAAAGAUUAAGGUUCCAAAUAAGGGGAGAGAGGAUUGUGGUUGGCUCUAACGCCGGAUGCUUAAUUUCUGCCCUGAGUUAAACCAUAAAAGGAUGAGAACCACCACACACCCCAGCCAGCUGCUGGCCGUAGGCAAAUACCUCGGGGGCCGCUCAACAACUGAGCAACUAGGCUCUGAGGCCUGAGACAACCAGGGCGGUUGAGGUCUUCCUCACAAGCGGGAGGCUCAAGGAGGCCCCUGCCCUCACUGUCAGCAUAGAACUGUGUCCAUGUUGGGUGACCGGCUGGUCCCAUUUCCCCCGGGACUGUCCUGGUUUUAAAACUGGAAGGGCUUUUUUCCCCAAAUUAACAUAUUGUAACCUUAAAUUUACACAAUGUUAUAUGUCAAAUAUAUUUCGAUUACAAAAUAAAUAAAAUAAAACUGGAAGACCCGUGUCCCAUGAAGCCUCUCAGGGGAAGCUGGGAUGGUUGGCCACCCUGGUCUACGUAAGUGAUGCCAACGAUCAUUGAAGCUUCCUGUCCGUCGUUUCAAUUGAUGGGGAUGUCACGGUGUUGAAAAUGUCUCCUUUCUUGCAAUCUUAAGGCUCAAGCCUGACCUCCCCUAGGGAGGCAGCAGGGGGCUACAGCCGGCCCAGCACUCGAGUCCAGCCGCCCCUGACCAGGGCCUGUGACUCACGGGAUUGCACCACCCCAACCACUAACGUGGGGCCGGGGCCACUUCCCUCCACGGAUACCUUGGGUUUGUGCGUGUUUUCUGCUGGGUGGAAUCAGAGGACGAUUUCUCUUUUAUGUGUACAGACGCUAAAUAAACAUAAUUUUAAAAAAUGUUG